CUCCGCGCUCUCACCAUGAUGCCUUCGUGCAUCACCCCGUGCAUGCAGGCACCAGUCUCUCCCAGUCCUCCCUCAUGCAGAGAGCUGGAGGUUAUAAUGCUUCUUUGCAGUUCAAAACCUCUGCUGGACUUUUGUUCCCCCCUCACAGGGCACAGGAUGGCCUCAGUUCUCCCACUGCUGCUGCUCUGGGUGUUUGCCCCCACGGUGGUCCCAGAGGUGCUCAGCCCUGAAGAUGUCACAGAUGACCUCAAGGCCCUGCAGGUGUCCAUCCCACGGCACCCAGCCCUUCACGCUGUGCUGGCAGGGGACGUCACCAUCCCCUGCCUCAUCACCUACCUCGCACCCCUGCCCACUGCCAGCACGGCAGGGCGCCGAGCAGUGCUGGGAGCCCCCCGGGUCAAAUGGACCUUCAUCUCUGAAGGCAGGGAGGCGGAGAUCUUGGUAGCACGAGGGGAAAGGGUGAAGGUGAGUGAGGACUACCGCCUCCGUGCCUCCUUGCCCGUCUUCCAUCAGCGUUACACUGACGCCUCUCUGCUGCUCACCGAGCUGCGCCCCAACGACUCGGGGAUCUACCGCUGUGAUGUGCAGCAUGGCAUCGAGGACGGCCACGACAUCCUCGACCUCAGAGUCAAAGGAGUGGUGUUUCACUACCGUGGGGGUUCCACACGCUACACCUACACUUUUGCCGAGGCGCAGGAGGCGUGCACUGCCAUCAGUGCCAGCAUUGCCACCCCUGAGCAGCUGUAUGCUGCCUAUCUGGGAGGCUACGAGCAGUGUGAUGCUGGCUGGAUCGCUGACCAGACCGUCAGGUACCCCAUCCACACUCCCCGCGAGGCGUGCUACGGAGACAUGAAUGGCUUCCCAGGGGUGAGGAACUACGGUGUGGUGGACCCGGAGGACAUGUACGACGUGUACUGUUAUGCUGAGGACGUGCCAGGGGAAAUAUUUUUGGAGACAGCCCCGGACAAGUUCACCCUGGAGGAGGCAGUGGCGCGGUGCCGGGCGCAGGGUGCGGUGCUGGCGAGCACAGGACAGCUGUACGCAGCCUGGAGUGCAGGGUUGGAUGCCUGCAACCCGGGCUGGCUGGCUGAUGGCAGCGUCCGCUAUCCCAUCGUUACCCCGCGGGAGCGCUGCGGAGGAGCCCUGCCGGGUGUCAAAACCAUCUUCCAGUUUCGCAACCAGACGGGAUUCCCCGAUGCACAGAGCAGAUACGAUGCGUACUGCUUCCGAGAAGGGACAAACUCUUUCCCUGAGGCUGCAGGAAAAUAUCAAGCCAGAGAGCCCGAGGGCCUCCAGGAGAUUGUUACAGUGGCAGAAAAGCUGGAGGAGCUGCAGCUGCCCAAAGCGCAAGUGGAGAUUGAGUCGCGAGGGGCUAUAUACGCCGUCCCUUUCUUUAAGGACGUGGCUGAUGCUGAGCUGGAAAAGCCAAGCCUGUCCCCCGAAGACACCCGGCACCCCCCAGUAGAUACCUCCUCGUCCUCAGCACGAGGACGUCACCCAUCCUCGGCUGCCCCUUUCCCCACAGCCCCAGCCGUCCCCAAGGCAGGCAUCCCGCAUAGCUGUGCCGUACAACCAGGCAGCCCAUCCCCUGCAGACCAGGACGGGGCAACAGGGACAGGUGGAAGGUGCACAGAGGCCAGGCAAGAGCCAUCCCGCACUGAGGAUGGAGCAGCGCUGGAAUGGCCGCUGGGCUCUGUUCUGGGUGAGGACUUCGGGAACAGAGCAGCAGAGAGUCUGGGCAGAGGGCAAGAGCCUGGACAACCCAUGAAGCCGAAUGUGCAGACACUCUUGGUGGGCACAGAAGGACCCAGUGACGCCCUGUCCCCAUCGGUGGCUGCAGCAGAUAUCCAAGAGCCAUCCCCCUCCACAGGCAGCCGUGGGGCAGGGGGGACCAGCACCCCCAUCCACACUCUGGGGGCUGCUGAGGACCCCGAGCUGUCGGGAGAUGUGACCGAAAACCCUGGGGCAUCCCCGCUCCCCCCCGCACCGCCGCAGCUGCAGGAUGAUGGAGAGGAGCAGUCGGGGGCCCCGUGGCUCUCCUCACCCACAGCACCGGGGGAUGGGGGCACAGCCCCGGCAACGGAGGUCACCCCAUGGCACGCAGAGGUGCCCAGCAGCAGCGAUGCACUGCAAACCCCAAGCACUGAUCGCGGGAUGCCAGCUGCAUCUUCAGAAGAGGAGGAGGAUGAGGAAGAGGAGGAGGAUGAAGAAGAGCGUCCGAUGCCCUCUGUUGCAACCGUGGAGGGUUUCCUUGCAGCCGUCCCCGGAGAACCAGGUGGCUGCAUCCCCAACCCCUGCCUGAACGGAGGGACCUGCAUUGAGGAUGGCACCCAUCCCACCUGCCUCUGCCUGCCAGGUUACGGAGGGAGCAGCUGCGAGAGACCCCUGAAGAGGUGCAGCCCCAGCUGGGACAGCUUCCAGGGAGCCUGCUACAAGCACUUCUCCACCCGGAGGAGCUGGGAGGAUGCCGAGUCACAGUGCAGACAUUUUGGGGGGCAUCUGGCCACCAUCCUGACCCCCGAGGAGCAGGACUUCAUCAACGAACAGUACCGCGAGUACCAAUGGAUCGGCCUCAACGACCGCACCAUCGAGGGGGACUUCCAGUGGUCCGACGGCAGCCCCCUGCUCUAUGAGAAUUGGCACCCGGGGCAGCCCGACAGCUACUUUCUCUCCGGUGAGAACUGCGUGGUCAUUGUGUGGCACGACGGGGGACGAUGGAGCGAUGUCCCCUGCAAUUACCACCUCUCCUACACCUGCAAAAUGGGGCUGGUGCAGUGCGGACCCCCCCCCACCGUCAGCAACGCCCGUCCCUUCGGCAAACCAAAGCAGCGCUACGAGAUCGGUUCCAUCACGCGCUACCACUGCCGCCACGGCUUCGCCCCGCGCCGCUCCCCCAUCAUCCGCUGCCGUGAAGAUGGGAUUUGGGAACGGCCCCAGCUUUCCUGCCGCCCCGGGUUGGCACAGCACUCCGAGGACUGAGUGAGCUGUCACCUUCCCAGACCCCGGAGCGGGCAUGGAUGGGGAUGUCACUGGGAUGGCAGUGCAGCAUCGGAGGGCAGGAGGUGUCCUGGUGGGUGCCUGCCCUCUGCUUGUUUUAUAUCUGUACAAAGAAACCCCAAAAACUAAAGAGUCCCUCAAAAGGAA